AUGCUCAGAAUUGCAAAAGGCACGCAGGAGACAACUGAGAAAAUUGAAGCUAUCGUCAACACACUAAAAGCGAGUAUUGGAAAAGAACACGGAUACGGUGUCACAGAACAGGAAAGAGAAGGACAAGCUGCUGACGUUGCUAGCUUAGAUGCUUCGAACGAGCAGUGA